AUGAGCCUCGAUCAAGAGCGUGCGGAUUUUAGCGAGGAUGAAGAGGAAGAAUUAAUGUUUAAGUUUGAGGAGCAGGAUGCUGAACUAUCUCCACGGCUGCACAGCGGAGAUUCGCAAAUCUUCUACUCGAUUGACGGCGUAGACUUCGAGCGUCCAGCCAACCCCAUGGUCGCGAUCCUCGAGUGUCACGAGGCUGUUGACCGCAAGAAACGGGGACGAGAAGAAGAUGGAGUGCAAGAACCUGAUGCUGACGUUAUUGAGGAGGAAAUGGUUGCGACCCCCGUGUUAAAGGGCAACCCUAAGCGCACGACUUUCGAGUUACCGAACGCCCCCGCUCGCGUUAUUCGUCCUUUGGCUAAGAGAUUCAAAUUGAAUGGGCUCGAGCGCUCCAUUACGGCCCCUGCCUGUCUCAUGGACAACUUAUCACUCUACUGGACAAAGGAUGAGACGAUUCCGGAAUUAGAAGACGAGGAGCCCGAAGUUCCCUUCCGCUCUGCCUCCAUUAAUAUUCCGAAUACGUUCCAACCGAUCAAUUGGCCAGGAGACGCUGCAAUUUCACAUAGUUAUGGAAAGGAUCGGAGUCACUCGUGCAGUUCAUCAUCCUCAUCUAAGUCGUGGGCAAGUGGUCUCGGACUUUUUUGUCGUCGCAGUCUUGACGUAUCGUCUCCUCUUCGUGUGCGCCUUAACGAUUUGAUGCUACACCCAUCAGCUGGAAGUUACUCUGGCUUGUGA